CCUUAUCUUCAUUCAAAAAUCAACGACCGACCAGUUCAGCUCUUCCAUUGAGCUACAUUCCCGCUAAACCACAAUGCUUCACUCCCUCCAUAUCCCAACCAUAUCUUCCAUCAAAAGCCCUAGUUCUCAAUCUCUCUCUUCUUCUGAACACCCUCCUUAUCUGCUCAGAUUCCGUACAUCCCACCGUGAAAAUCUCCGGUACCUCAAAACCCUGGGCAUCAUCGAUCCAAGCACCAAACCACACAAAUUUCCAUCGCCAGAAGCCGUAGAUCAGGUCCUUUCCACUGUGAAUUUCCUUAAAUCUAAGGGAUUCUCCGAGCCCGAUUUCCCCAGACUCUCCUUCCUCUGCCCAAAACUAUUCUCUUCCGACUCCGACCCCACCGACAUCGAACCGGUUUUUGAUUUCCUAACCUUAGAUUUGGCCGCGUCGGAUCAAGAAUCAUGCAGUUUGAUUCUCCGGUGCCCUCAGAUUCUGCUCUCGGAUGUAGAGUACUGUUUGAGGCCAACACUUCUUUAUUUAAGAAAAUUGGGAGUAGAGAAGCUCAAUGUGCCUACUUCGCUUAACGCCCAUCUUUUGAACACUCGGGUGGAGAGGCUUGUGGCGAAGAUUAGGUUUUUGCGGAGCGUGGGAUUAUCGUACGAGGAAUCCGCUAGGGCUUGUGGGCGGUUUCCGGCCGUUUUUGGUUAUAGUAUUGAGAAUAAUUUGAAGCCCAAGUUUAAUUAUUUGGUGAGGGAGAUGAAGAGGAGUGUUGAGGAAUUGAAGGUGUUUCCGCAGUACUUCGCAUUUAGCUUGGAGAAUCGGAUAAUGCCGAGGCAUUUGCAUUUGGAGCAGAGGAAUGUUCGGAUUUCAUUGAAGAGAAUGCUAUUGUGGAGCGAUCAAAAGUUUUAUGCGAAAUGGAAGUGAGGUUUGGUACGGAUUUUCUUCAUUAUUAUUACUCUGUAAGGAUAUGGUUUAAGCUCAGUACACCCAAUUAAAACCUUAAUUCUACAACCCUGCAAAUUAUUCAA